AUGGCUACCACCGGACGCCUCAGCUUCACCGUGCGCAGCCUCCUGGACUUGCCCGAGCUAGACGCACAACACCUGCGGAGGCAGGAGCCGGAGCCGCGCUCGCCGCUGCGCCUGGGCCCCUGCGCCGUUUGGCUGGAGCCAGAACGCGGACACUACCCCUCCUCAGACGAGAGCAUCCCAGAGACCAGCCCUCCUGACUCAUCCAAGCGGCUGACCCCGCGACCCGCGUCGCCAGGCUCAGAUGCUGGGAAGAGGAAGAAGCGGCGGGUGCUGUUCUCCAAGGCACAGACGCUGGAGCUGGAGCGUCGUUUCCGGCAGCAGCGCUACCUCUCCGCGCCGGAGCGCGAGCAGCUGGCUCGCCUGCUGCGCCUCACGCCCACGCAGGUCAAGAUUUGGUUCCAGAACCACCGGUACAAGUUGAAGCGCGCGCGUGCCACGGGCGCUGCGGGGUCGUCCGACCUCGCCGCCGCCGAGCUGCGCGCCGCGCCUAGCCUCCUGCGCCGUGUGGUGGUGCCGGUGCUGGUGCGCGAUGGGCAGCCCUGCGGCGGUGGCGAGGGAGGCACAGCCGCAGCCCCGGACAAGUGCGGCGCCCCCGCGGCGGCUGCCGCUUGCCCUCUCCCGGGCUACGCAGCUUUCAGUCCUGGCCCUGCCCUUGGUCUCUUCCCGGCUUACCAGCAUUUGGCGCCAUCCGCGCUGGUCUCCUGGAACUGGUGA